AUGCAUAAGCCACAAAGCGUAGGUCAAUAUGAAAAUGAUGGCAACGAUGACGGAGUAGGGAGGGGGGAGAUAAUACCGCACCCUGUGGAACGGCCGGAUGCGGAAGUAGAUCAUGACGCAGAUGACGACGAUGAUGAGGGCGACGGCGGCGAUGAUGUAAGGGAGGACGUGGUCGACCGGUGCGCUGCUCUACACGGGGUUGAGAGGGGGAUGCAGGACCUUGGAAGGUACUGGAGGAAGAAGACAGCUCUUGACGGUACAGACACCUUGUUCUAUUACACCCUCCACAGCAAUGUGGGCAACAGAAACACUUAG